GUGUCGCUCCCCCUAACACCUCUUAAAUGUCUCUUCGCGAACCAACGACAUCAUCGGCUCUCGGUCAGGCGAGAUUUAACAUCGCUGGGGGUUUGCCGCACCCCCAACUUCCUGAAAUGAAUAAACGACUACUUUUAAAGUGCGCUCAAUGCAAAAGCGAGUUUUCGGCGAAAGACUCUCUAACACAUUUAUGUGUUGGAUCAUUUAAAGUAAAACAACCGCCAAUAAACGAAACUCCGCAGGAAAAGCUAGUGAGGCGAGAAGAAGAAGAAAAGAUGAGGAAAGAGGAAAUUGAGAGGGCCAUGCAAAAAGAAAUUAAAAAGAUCAGAGAUAGGAAGUUAAUAGAAGAAAGAUUUGAAAUGUACAAUGAAUACGGAUCAAGAAGAGGGGAUCCCAGGAUUAUAAAACUGGCUGAGGAAAAACGAAUUUUUUAUAAUUUGCCGACAAUCUAG